CAUAGGCCCAGUUCAAGUGUUAAACUGAAUAAAAAGAGAAACAAGAUCAGAGAUUCAUAAGUGAAAGCUAAGAAGUUUGACCAGAGUUGCUUCCAAUUCCAUGUAGUACUACUAUUGGUGGUACCGUCUAAUUUUUAUUUUUUUUAUUUGUGUGUGUGUGUGAAGUCCGUAAUCGAAGCAGUUGUCGGCCAUGGAUUCGGAGAGGGACCCACUGGACUCUCCUUCUCUUUCUCCUCCUCAUCCUCCUCCGACAUUGUUCGACAAAGAUCGGCAUGUGAUGUUCUUGCAGAUGAUGUACCAGCUCUUGCCUUACCAGUACCAGACUCAAGAGAUCAACCGCCUCACUCUCGCCUACUUCGUCAUCUCCGGCCUCCACCUCCUCCGCCAACUCAACUCCAUUGACAAGGAAGCAGUUGCCGAUUGGGUUUUGUCGUUUCAAGCUCGCCCAAGAGUUCAAGGCGAGAUAAAUAAUGAGCAAUUUUAUGGAUUCCAUGGUUCCAGAACUUCUCAAUUUCCGUCUGAUGAUAAUGGGAUUUUGGUUCACAAUGGUAGUCACUUGGCAAGUACGUAUUGUGCCUUAGCAAUACUAAAAAUAAUUGGCUUUAACUUCUCCAAUAUUGAUUCUGAAUCAAUAUUGACAUCCAUGAGAAACCUUCAACAGCCUGACGGAAGCUUUAUGCCCAUCCACACAGGGGCAGAGACAGAUCUACGGUUUAUUUAUUGUGCUGCUGCCAUCUGUUGUAUGUUGGAAAAUUGGAGUGGCAUGGAUAGGGAGAAAGCAAAGGAGUACAUAUUGAAUUGUCAGUCAUAUGAUGGAGGCUUCGGUUUGAACCCUGGUUCAGAAUCUCAUGGUGGUGCAACUUAUUGCGCUGUUGCGUCUCUUCGGUUAAUGGGAUUUAUUGAAGACGACCUUCUCUCCAAAAAUGGGUCAUCAUCCAUAAUAAACGUACCAUUGCUGCUGGACUGGAGCUUGCAGAGGCAGGCAGCAGAUGGUGGAUUUCAAGGGAGGCCCAACAAGGACAGUGACACAUGUUACGCAUUCUGGAUUGGAGCAGUACUAAGGAUAUUAGGGGGUGAAAAAUUCAUUGAUGAUAAGUCUUUACGUGGAUUCUUGCUAACUUGUCAGUCUGAGUUUGGGGGUUUCAGCAAGUUCCCGGGGCAGCUUCCGGAUCUAUACCACUCAUAUUACGGAUAUACGGCAUUCAGUCUCUUGGAAGAGCCCAGCCUGAACCCCCUUUGCGCUGAACUUGGUAUCGCAAAUUUUGCUACUCUGGGAAUCUGACUUAAUUGUUCUUCUCAUCUUUCUCUUUGCCGAAGUUUUCUGAGUUUGUAUGUGUUCAUCAUCUCCAAUUAUAGCUGUCAUUAUUUAUCAAGAUAUAAAACACACGUUCUUACCUCUUUAGGUAAGUGAUUUGUUUGAACAUUCUUUUAACAAAACACAAAAAGAGAAAAGGGAUACAUAAUUUAGUUAGUCUUGUUGUUGACGAUACAAACAGUUGUUAUUAUAGCUGAUCCUUGUUUAUGAGAUUAGUUUGUUAUUUGACAAUUUCGAAAUGAACAAGUUUUCUAUGCCGUUAUGAUACUAAUUUUGCUAGUGUAUUUCUUUUGCAAAAGUGAUCUGUCCCCUUUCGUUAACCGUUCGCCAAAACCAGAUAAGCUUUUAAGUUGCACAAAAUUAGCCAGUUCUGC